UAUGAUUGAACAUGAUUAAUAGAUUCCCCUUCAAUAAACAAUAUUUCGAAAUGGUGUCUCCGUAUUACCAUUGCUAGUUAAGAAGAAUAGUAUGGGUCUAGCUUUAGAAAACAUUCCAAGAACCUAAACAUUUUCAAGACAAAUGCAACAAUCAGGUCAUAAUGACAGUGUAUAAUAAUCCAGAACUCCAACGAUGAAAAAUGAUUCACUUUAUGGUAAUAUUUUUAAGAAACCCAUUGUUAUUUAAAAACCAAAUUUUAUUUUAACGAAACCUGAUAACGAUUUUAGUUGGCCACUUUUCAAAAUAAAAAAUGAUCCAUUAAUAAAAUAAUUUUGGGAAAGAAGAGGUUACAAGGAUACAGAAAAGAAUUGGAUAUUUGAUGAUUACAUUUUUGCCAGUAAUAUGUUAAGAAUAGGAAAAAAGAAGAAAAUUGUCAAGGGUUAUUUUUAUAGAUUAACAAGUUCUGGUUUAUUGAUGUACUAUAAAAAAGUAUUUUGUAUUAUUAUUGUCAAAGGAAUCUGAUACAUUACCCAAAGGUUUCCUGUAAUUGAAUAUGUCGAUAAGAAUGAUUGUUAGUUUUUAAAAGACAAAAAGAAAUCUCUAAUUACCAGUAUUGUAUUUAGAAAAGACCCAAGGUGUUGGAAUAACUAUUUUUGAUCAUUUGAUUGACCAAACAUUAAAAUUAGGAGAAUGCAUCUAACAAUUUUGUUUAAUGAGAGGAUUCACUGUUUUAUAUGAAUAACUGGAAAUGCUGGGAAGCGGAGCAUUUGCAUCGGUUUAUAAAGUAAGUAGAAAAAGAGAUGAGAAGUAUUUUGCUGCAAAAACAUAUUUCAAAUAAUUCUAUGAUGAUCAUCCACACAAAGAAAGAUUGCUUGUAAAGAUAUUUAUUUAAAUAUAGGUUAGUCAAUGGUUUAUAAUGAAAUUACAACUCUUAAAAAUGUUGAUCAUUAAAAUAUCAUGAAACUAUAUGAAGUAAUUUAAGAAAAAGAUAAGUUGAUAUUAAUCAUGGAAUAUUGUGCAGGAGGAACAUUAUAUUCUUAUGUGAAAUAAAAGGUUAAAUUCAACGAUAAGCACUAUGCUUAUAUAUUAAAGUAAUUAUGUGAUGCUCUAUAUGAGAUGCAUAGAUUAAACUUUGUACAUAGAGAUCUCAAAUUAGAAAAUAUCAUGCUAGAAUCAAAAGACUAUUUAUAAUUAAAAUUAGUUGAUUUUGGUUUCUCUGAAAUCAUUAACGAAAAAUAAUUAGUUAGUUAAGCAGGAACUCCUGGUUUUCUUCCUCCAGAAAUUUUCAGAUAAAUACCUUAUACUGCUAAAAGUGAUAUCUUUAGUUUAGGUGUAAUUAUGUAUUUGGUAUAAAUUUAUUAUCUAUUCAGAUUGUUGCUGGAUAUAUGCCAUUCAAAGCCCCUACUGCAACAUAAAUCUUAGAGUUAAAUAGAAAAUGCCAAGUUAACUUUGAUAAGUCUCCUUGGCAAGAUGUUAAUCCAGAUUUGAAAUACUUAAUUAAGAAGAUGCUUGAAUUUAAAAUAGAAGAUAGAAUAAGUUGCUUAGAGAUUCUAGACAGUCCUUACAUUUUACAUCACUCACGUUAGACUUCAGAAACUAAUUAUAAAUCAAACUAAAUGUUAAGUGGACUUGAAUUGGAUAAGUGCAAUAGGCAAUCAAUGAAAAGUAUCAAAUAGUCUGAACAAUCUAAUGAUAGAAGCAAAGAAUUUUAAUUAGAUUUUUCAAUUCAUACAAAUGACAUCAAGUCUCUUUAUUAAAGGAAUUCUUAAAAGACUAAUAAAUCAAAUAGAUCAAUAAAUUCUUUAGCAAAAAACUCAUCAUAAAAAAAAAUAUCGCGAUCAGUGCCUAAAGAAUGUUAACUCUCUAAAUUUUAGAGCACCAAAAAGGUAGAGGAUUAGGACUCGCAUAAGAGUUUAAGCAAAAAGCAGAGUUCUUUUGGGGAUGUUAUAAUAUGUAAAAAUCAAAUUGAUUAUCAUUUAAUUAGAAGAAACAAAGAUUGUAACAUUUGAAGACACAGACUCUUUGAAAUUAGAAUAGAUUCUAUAUUUAAAAAGAGGUGGAUUAGCCUUUAAUAAACCAAAGAAACCUUUGGAUUAAUUUUCUAACUAAGACAACAACUGA